AGGAGUGUCUGUAAGGUAUCUGGUAACCAUCUGGGGUCCCUCUGCUUUUACAGGUGCCAGUAUCGGCUAUAACUGUCAGCUUUCCUAUGGUAUAAUGGAUGACUGGGACAACAGCGAUGAAUUUAUCCAGAGACUGGACUUCUCCAGUUGCGGAGAAGAAAGCGAAGACAGAAGCAUCCAAGAAGAGGACACCCUGAGCUCGAGCCCUCUGAAGAGCUGCGAGUUCCAGAAGUGGCGUGGGAGCAGUCCUCUCCCAGUAACCCCUCAGAGGAAACUCAGUGAGAUUUUUCUCAGCAGGACUAAAGCUUGGGUGAGUCCUGCCCUGAAGUCUUCACCGUCUGUGACCAAGAGCCAUUGUAAUGCUGAGACACCACUGCACAUCACCUGGAAAAAGCUGCAGCUCUGUGACACCCCACACACUCCCAAGAGUCUUCUAUCAAAGACAGCUUUUCCUUCGUCUGGGACAAAGAUCCCACCCAAAGGCUUUCGACAUUUGAGAUUUACUCCUGGUGCUGACUCAGAUGAUUCUACCCAAGCUUCUCUUGUCAACAUUAACCCCUUUACACCAGAGUCGUACCGACAAAUGCUCUUUCUUCCUAAUGGCAAGCGGAAGGCCAGAGGAGAGCAGAGGGAACCUGAUCCAAGAAGCCAACUAAAACAGGAGCUACCUACCAAGAGAUAUCCUCUGAAAGAGAGCAAUAUGGUUUCCCGCUACAAGAAGGAGUUCCUGGAAUUGGAAAAAAUUGGUGUAGGGGAAUUUGGCUCUGUCUACAAGUGCAUCAAACGCCUUGAUGGAUGCGUUUAUGCCAUCAAACGCUCCAAGAGGCCUCUGGCAGGAUCCUCGGAUGAGCAGCUGGCCCUGCGUGAGGUUUACGCUCACGCUGUCCUUGGACAUCACCCCCAUGUCGUGCGCUACUACUCAGCGUGGGCAGAGGAUGAUCACAUGAUUAUCCAAAAUGAACACUGCAAUGGUGGGAGUCUCCAAGAUGUGCUGCUGGAAAACGCAAAGCUUGGACAGUAUUUCCCAGAAGCAGAGCUGAAAGAAAUCUUGUUACAAGUCUCCAUGGGAUUAAAAUAUAUCCACAACUCUGGCCUUGUGCACCUGGAUAUCAAACCGAGUAAUAUCUUCAUUUGUCACAAACUGGCAGUUGAGGGCCCUGCUGGGCAGGAAGAGAGUGACAGUGAAGAUGAAUUCUCUUCUAGUGUGGUGUAUAAGAUUGGUGACCUUGGCCAUGUGACAUCAAUAACAAAUCCCCAAGUCGAGGAAGGAGACAGCCGGUUUUUGGCCAAUGAGAUUUUACAAGAGCAAUACUGCUAUUUGCCAAAGGCAGACAUCUUUGCCCUGGCACUCACAAUAGCCCUAGCAGCAGGCACAGGACCACUGCCUCACAACGGUGCCAUGUGGCACCACAUCCGCAAGGGCAAUAUCCCACCGAUCCCUCAGAAGCUCCCCCACAGCUUUCUUGAACUUUUGAAGCUCAUGAUCCAUCCCGACCCAGUGGCAAGACCUUCUGCCACAGCUCUUACUAAACACCCUGUUCUCCGUCCCUCGCUUGGAAAAGCUGUGCAGCUCCAGAAGCAGCUAAAUGUGGAGAAGUGUAAAACUGCCAUGUUGGAAAGGGAACUUAAAGCAGCCCGUCUUGCCCAGACCCUCAUGAAGGACCAGUCCUUACGAUGUGCCAAGCUGCAAGAGUGCGAAACAUCUUCCAAACAGAACAGCAAGCGCCUGGUGGGAGGGAAGAGCUGUCGCUCGUUUAGCUUUACGUUGGGUUACUUCUUCCAGGUGCUUCGUCAGUUUGUAAGACAUGAGUCUGAUACAGUUAGCUCAUUGGUACUUGAAAGAUCCAUGAAUCGUGUUCAGUUACUUGGUCGGGUUGGACAGGACCCCGUCAUGAGGCAAGUGGAUGGAAAAAAUCCUGUUACCAUUUUUUCUCUUGCAACCAAUGAGAUGUGGCGAACAGGGGAAAGUGAGGUAACCCAGGGAGGUGAUAUCAGUCAGAAGACCACGUGGCACAGGAUCUCUGUCUUUAGGCCGGGCCUCAGGGAUGUUACGUAUCAGUAUGUGAAGAAGGGUGCUCGGCUCUACGUCGAAGGGAAGAUAGACUAUGGUGAAUAUACAGAUAAAAACAAUGUGAGACGGCAGGCCACAACAAUUAUAGCAGAUAACGUAAUUUUUCUGACUGAUAGUAUCAAGGAAAAGGCAUGAGGUUGCUAGCGCUUGGACCCAGCCCAUUUCAUUCCUUUCAUUUUACAGUGUUUCACAAUUCUGUAAUCAUGUAUGUUGCUGUAGUUUCUUUAAAAAAGUAAAUAAAAUGUUUGAUACCCAUAGGGAAUGUGU